UAGAGCGACAAGGCAAACGCGUCUACAUGUAUAUUUGGCACUUGCCAGUUUCGAAUAGUGUGGCCAGGCAACGUGGCCAAACAGACGAAAGCAGUGAAAAGCUUGAAAAUAUUAAGUAAUAUUCCGCACACGUUUCCAGAAUAUUUCGCUUUCUCACAAGCAUCCAAGUGUCAAGUGUCAAGCCACUAUCGAAUUGAGUCGUAAAUCAUUCCUUUGCAAUUUCCUACGAUAAGAUGACAGAUACUCUACUGGCUUUGGCAGUUUCGACACUUUACAUUAUACUUACAAGCCUGAUAGCUUUCUGGAGCAGAAAGUAUACAGAAUAUUAUGUACGAGACUCUUUUCUGAAAUCGCUUUUCCUCGAGGGUAUAGCAACGGCCGAACUUUGCGGGGCGUGUUUUGAAUUGAUCAUAAUCGCGGAUAAUUGGGGCGUUUCCAUGUACGCGAUCUAUCUCUUCGUCCUGACGAUUUGGUGGUCGCUCAACUGGGGUGACGCGACUGCAUGUCCUUAUACGCAUCUCGAGGAACUUGUCGAGGGUAAAAAAAGUGCAAGGAAUGCAUUUUUACUUAUCUGGGCCGAACUCGUUGGCGGCCUCGUUGUUUUUCGUUACAUUCAGCUACUCUGGUUUCUGGAAAUUGUACCGACACAUAAGGAUCGAGCUUUUGAGGAUUGUACUACGGAUCUUCAGGUACCUGUCAUUUAUGGAGCUUUCAUCGAAUGUAUAGCCACUUGCAUGUGCAGGGUUGCUUCAAGAGUCUUGGGUGACCUUAAUCCAAGAUUCGCAACUGCUAUCGAUUCCUUCGUCGGUACAUCUCUAGUUGUUGCUGCCUUUAAUUACUCCGGCGGUUACUUCAAUCCCGCCUUGGCGACUGCAUUGAAGUAUGGCUGUUUGGGUACCAGUUUCAUGGAACACGUUAUUGUGUAUUGGGUCGGUGCAUGUGCAGGCUCAAUCGCAUCCAUAAGCGUUUACAAGAUGAGUUUUGUGCAAAAUUUCAUUCGGCAACAAAAGCAGAAGGUUGUUUGAGUUGGAAAGAAAUUCUGGAUUGACAAAAUUUGGUGAAAAAGGAAAAAAAACAAAGGUCAAUUAUAUUUUUCUGUAAAUAGUUAUAUUUAUGUAUACUUAUGUAUGAGUAUAAUUAGAUAUCAAUUGUCUUAAGAUAUUGGACCGUACAAAUCUUAUUGAUAGCUCUGUACAAAUUAAUUAUAAUAAUAAAUUCUCUUAGUCUGUUAUUGAUUAUAAAUUAAUAA